AUGACGACCCUUUCAGCCCAACCGAGGUUCCUUCGGUCGAUCACUCUAGAUAGGGCCAACAAGUUUGUCUCGACAGACUUUUACAACGACAUCAACCUCUACUCAAAGCUCUACUCAAAGCGCUCCUCCGAGGCUGUCGAGUUAUCUGUUUACUCUGUCCCAGAUCUCAAGAGGAUCCCAUUUGAGAAGGCAACCAAACAGUCCUUCCAUCCAACAUCCACCGGGACCUCCUAUGGUCCAAGCUGGAGCACACACUGGUUCAAGUUAAAUAUCACAGUGCCCAAAGACUGGGCUGGCGAGCAUGUUGAGCUAAUCUGGGACUCGAGCAGUGAGGCCAUGAUUUGGUCGACAGAUGGCAUCCCCCGACAAGGACUCACCGGUGACAAUGGUAACGACCGAAGAGUCGAGUACACGCUACUCAAGAAGGCGAAGGGUGGAGAGGUUAUAGACUUGUGGGUCGAGAUGGCAUGCAAUGGCAUGUUUGGCGCUGGCAAGAACGGCCUCAUCAACCCGCCCGAGGACAACAGGACCUUCUACCUUUCUCAAGUUGAACUCGCGGUCCCGAACCACGCGGCAUGGACGCUCUUCUACGAUAUGCAGGUCAUUACAGGUAUGGCGAAUGAACUCCCCAACGAAACGGCUCGCGGACAGGAGGCUCUCUAUGCCCUCAACCAGGUGAUCGACAACUACGAUCGGGACGAUCUUGAUGCAUCGCUCAAGAAGUGCCUCCAGAUCUCCCACGAGUUCUUGUCCAAGAAGGCCGCUCCUAACGCCCACCAUGUCACCGCCGUCGGAAACUGGCCAUAUGCGGAGACACGUCGCAAGACUGCGCGAAGCUGGUCAACCCAGCUCAGACUCAUGGAGGACUACCCCGAGUAUGUCUUUGUGUGCUCCCAGGCACAGCAACUGGAAUGGCUCGCGCACGAUUACCCAAAGCUGUUCCAAGAGAUUAAAGAGGCGUCAAAGAAAGGACGGUUCAACGUGAUUGGAUCGACUUGGGUCGAGAUGGACUGCAACCUUCCAAGCGGAGAGGCUCUCUGCCGCCAGUUCCUCUAUGGUCAGCGGUACUACGAGAAGAACUUUGGUGCACGAUGCAAGAUCUUUUGGCUCCCUGACACCUUUGGAUACUCCGCCCAGCUCCCACAAAUCGUCAAACAAGCAGGAGCGCAAUACUUUUUCACGCAAAAGCUCUCGUGGAACAACAUCAAUAAGUUCCCGAACACUACUUUCACUUGGGUAGGACUGGAUGGAACCAAGAUCCUCACACAUAUGGCCCCCUGUGAAACUUACACCGCUCAGGCUGAUGUCGGAGACAUGGUUCGAAGCAUCAGGAACAACCGCGAUCUCGCAUUCAGCAACCAAAGUCUCUUGCCUUAUGGAAACGGAGACGGAGGCGGAGGACCUCAAAGAGGCAUGCUGGAACGACUCCGUCGCAUGAAGGACAUUGAUGGUCUUCCGCGUUGCGAUAUGGGAAGUGCAGAGGCUUUCUUCGAGAGUGUCGAAGAGAAGGCCAAGGGUCUUCAGGAGUGGAAAGGAGAACUCUACUUUGAGCUUCACCGUGGAACAUAUACCUCGCAGGCUGCCACCAAGAGAUACAACCGUAAACUCGAGUUUAUGCUUCGCGAUGUUGAGAUUGCGACCACGCUUUGCAUGAGUCUUGCUCGCGACUAUGCCUACCCAAAGGCAGACCUUGAUCUCCUUUGGAAGGAUUUGCUCUUGAACCAAUUCCACGAUGUCCUCCCUGGGUCAGCUAUCGAGCUAGCAAACAUCGAUGCUCGCGCCAUUUACAAGAACAUUGAGACCAAAGCCAAGCGUAUCUUGGAGGAGAGUCUUCGUCACCUUUACCAAUCCAAGUCAUCAGGAGAUGGCUCUGGCGACAGCUUUGUUGCCUUCAACUCCUUGGGAUGGGACCGCUCUGAGAUCAUUGAGAUCCCUGCCCAGACAGGCGACAAUCUUCAGCAGUAUUCUGCCGGCAAGAACACCGGAUAUGUCCGAGUUGAUAAUGGUGCAUUCGAGUACAGAGACAUUGCGGAUUCGAAGUCGGAGACGGGCCGUGUCCAUGCGACUUCACAGGGCCAUGAGCUUAUUUUGGACAACGACUUCAUCAUCGCCAAGUUCAACCAGCAGGGUCACCUUAUCAGUCUCUAUGACAAACACGAGACGCGUGAGUUGAUCCCCAAGGGGCAGGCUGGCAACCAACUCAAGCUCUAUGAGGAUGUGCCCCUGUACUGGGAGGCAUGGGAUGUCGAGAUGUAUCACCUCAACACUGGCAAGCCUGCAGGAACCGGCAAGGCCCGAAUCGGCGAGGUUGGACCUCUGAGAGCAACCAUUAUUGUUGAGCAUAGGCUGACCGACCACAGCACUGCCUCUCAGACUAUUGUCUUGACUGCCGCAACGCCUCGCUUGGAGUUCCACAUGGAAGCUGACUGGCACGAAAACCGCAAGCUCCUGAAAGUCGAGUUUACAUGGGACAUCAUCUCGGACUUUGCCACCUACGACUCGCAGUUUGGAGUCAUCCAGCGCCCAACCACAUACAACACGAGCCAAGACUAUGCCAAGUUUGAAGUGUGCGGGCACAAAUUUGCUGACCUGUCAGAGCACGGCUACGGUGUCGCCCUUCUGAACGACUGCAAGUUUGGAUACUCUUGCCACGGAAACGUCAUGCGUCUAUCGCUGCUGCGUUCUCCCAAGGCGCCAGACCUGAACUGUGAUAUGGGUCACCAUGAGUUUGCGUUUGCGGUGUUGCCUCACAAAGGCACCUUCCACGAAUCGAACGUCGUCCGGCAGUCGUACCAGUUCAACGUUCCCAUGAUCAUCCACUCGAUUGCGAAGAACUCACUGAAGGGGCAUAAGCCUGUCUCGUACUUUGAGAUUGAAGGCGCAAAGAAUGUGGUCCUGGAUACCAUCAAACGAGCAGAGGAUUCCGACCAUGUCAUUAUCCGUCUCCAUGAGGCCUUUGGAGGACGCGCUCAGUUCAAGCUGAAGUGCUCUCUCAAUGUCCAGAGCGUUGUACGAUGCAACAUCCUUGAAGACGAUGGUGAACCCGUCGAGUUUGUCAAGAGCGAACGUGCCUCGGGAUGGAUCGUCUUGCACGCUUUCGAGAUCUUGACCCUCAAAUUGAAAGUGAAGCCUUCAGAUGAUUGGAUUUUCCUCUGA